AUGGUAAGCUACCGGGAAGCCGCAACGGAAGACGCAGCAGCCAUUGUAGCGCUCGUCAACUACUGCUAUCGAGGAGAACCGAGCAAAGAAGGCUGGACAACUGAGGCAGAUUUUCUCACAGAACCUCGGACGGACGCCGACGAAGUCGCAGCCUUGGUGACAACAACGUCGAAGUUCAUCCUCGCGGAAGAAGACUCGACGCUGGUGGGGUGCGUCAACGUCCAGCUGCAAGUAAAGGAAGCUACGGGAUACCUCGGCCUCUUUGUCGUCCUACCGAGUCUCCAGGGGCGCGGUCUGGGGAAGGCCCUGCUGGCCACAGCUGAAGCGACACUCACGGAGACAUGGCCCGUCACAGUGAUUGAGAUCACCGUCUUGACGAUUCGCACCGAAAUCCUCGCAUUCUACGAGCGCCGAGGCUACAAGCGCACGGGACAUACUUGGCCGGCCAAUGUUCCUGGCGCCACGGUGCCAAACCUCAUGUUCGAAACGCUUGUUAAACAAGUCGAGCGUUGGCCGCAUUCGUCGUGUUUGUCGUAAUGAAGUAAUCGGCCCGACAUGUGGUCGGCC